AGGUACCAUAAGAUAUUAUCCAAACUUUAGGGGGUUUGGAUGAAUAGGUUUUAAACUUCAGUGUGUCUGAAUGACAAUUAACUAUUUUCCCUUCUCCUUCUUCAAUCGCCAUUGCACAAAGAACCUACUUUUCUUUUUUGUUUGCUGAAAUUCUUACCAAUCUUUUGUUUCUAUCAAAUACUGAAAGUCCAAACUUUUUGAGGUUUCAGCAAAUCACAGGAGUUCUCUAAGAUGCUUUCAAGAAUUGCUAAAAUCCCACUAGUGAGUUCACAUCCUGAGGUUUAUGAACCAUGUGAUGAUUCGUUUGCAUUGGUCGAUGCAUUAUUAGCUGAUCGAACUAACAUGUUACAACAGAAACCUUCAAUUUGUAUGGAAAUUGGUUGUGGUAGUGGUUACGUUAUUACAUCCCUUGCUGUUAUGCUUGGAGACGAAGGAUUUGUUCCAUACUAUAUUGCAACAGACAUCAACCCUCAUGCAAUAAGGGUGACUCGUGAGACCAUGGAUGCUCAUGGGGUUUAUGCAGAGUUGGUAAACACUGAUAUUACCUCUGGACUUGAGAAGCGCUUGGCAAGAUCAGUUGAUGUGCUGGUUGUGAACCCUCCUUAUGUUCCUACACCUGAAGACGAAGUUGGUUUUGAAGGCAUCACUUCGGCAUGGGCUGGAGGGGAGAAUGGUCGAAGCGUUAUUGAUAAAAUACUGCCUGCUGCCAACAAUCUUUUGUCAGAGAAAGGCUGGUUAUAUAUGGUCACGCUUACUGCUAAUAAACCCUCAGAAAUAUGUCUUGAGAUGAGAAAGAAGGGUUAUGCAUCUCGAAUUAUCCUUCAAAGAUCAACUGAAGAAGAGAGCCUUCAUAUUAUCAAAUUUUGGAGAGAUUCUGAUAGCCACUUGGAGCUGAAGAAUCUAAGUUAUUGGUCAAAACUGGUAGGGAAUUAGCCAAACACUUGAUCCUUAUUAAUAGUUGUGAAGUGAAAUAAUUUAUUGGUUUGGAUGCUUAUUAAGAGUAGUUAACUUGAUGAAUUAUAUGGAGACAUUGUCCCACAUCAGAUAGUGAGUGGGAAAAACAGUGCUUAAAAGUAAAAGGAUGAGUACACAAUUUGGGUGUGAAGCUAAGAAUUACAUACAUUCAAUUGAUUUGAUCCUUAUUAAUUUUCCUUUUUUAAUUCCGAUGAAUAUGAAUCGCUUGCCAAGGA